CUUUUCAUUUCCGAAAUAAGCGCCAGUCCAAGCGCACGUACCAUGAGGAAAACAUUACUCGAGGCUGUCUUGUCGGCACAAAAACUUCGUUAUUGCGAUUUUUGAGGGAGGAUUGUACAUUGUUCGCACAAAGCAACUGCAUUCUUCUAGCGGCAAAUAGAAUGUUAAGAGAGAGAGCGAACAGUCAAUGCAAUUUGGAAAGGAGAGCGUAUUAUUUACCUACAAACUCAUCCCUGUUGUUCACCUGGCAUGUGGACGAACAGCAGAAACUUCUCCUUGUCUGCCAAAACAAAACCAGUCGUUAAAGAAAAAUGGUUGAGGGCGGCAGUUUGAUUGUUUGCUAUCGGAAGCAAAUAAGUAACAUCCAUUACGAGGCCACAAAUCGUUACGAACAGAUCAUUAAGUUGAUUAUUCAGCGCUUCAAUAUUCCCGCCUCGCAUGAGCCAGCUCUGCUGAUCUCCACCGAAAACGGCAGAAUUUUUGAUAAGCUGCAGUUCGACUACUUUCUCACGCUCUUCCCGAACCCCAGCAUGGUUUUCUACAUACGUUAUGAUUACAAUCGUGCAGUCGGCAUCUUGCAGUCAACGCAACCGCAAGAGGAAGUUGCAAAAACAACAAUAGAGAGUGAUAUUCAAGUGAAAAACAAAAGAAAGAACCCAGCUGGUGAAGAUGAUGAUCAGUGUGCAUCGAAGUUUACGCCAGUCUAUCGUAUGAAUUGCUUUAUCUACGAAUAUCCUACAACUACUAUAAAAUUAACAAAUGACUGCGCUAAGAAGCAGAAAGCUAAUAUGAAGAAACAGUCACCGCGUAGCGAAUUUGUGAAGCGCGUGAAAAAGCGUUUGCAAAUGGGUGAAUUGAAAAAGCGCACAAUGAAGCCUUUGGCGCAAGUAAAGCGCUUUAUGCGGCUAUGAGCGGGAGGAUAAAGAGAAAAGCUUAGCAAUCGAUGACUACCGUUUUAUUAUUUAGAAUUAAGAUUUAUACAUUUUGCUUUUCACCAAACAAAAAUUAUUUCUUUUUUGGCUGACUGUAUACGACUAUAUUUAUAUUUAUGCUUAGUUAUUAAAUUAAUUUAAAUUUAUGAA